AUGACUUUACCUUCGGCGGAGCAGACAUUUUCGACAGCCUUAUCACGGAAUGCGGAUUCUUGGUUGUCAAUCCCUGGAUUCUUGGGUGCAUCGAACGUUUCUUCAAAUGAUCCGGAUGAUCUGAUGCAGGAUGUACCAAAUCUUGCAUUUUUUAAUGAUCCGAUCGAAUCGGGCACAUGGUUUACUCCUAAUUUCGUACAUGGUCUUCAUGCUACUCAACUUGAACGGGGUCAGGACUCAUGUCAAGCAAUUACCCCUGUUCAACCGCCUCUCAACCAUAUGUCGAGCUUGAAUAAUAAAUCGAAAUCUAAAUCCAAUGCCUGCACGCCCGCCAGAAAUACCCACUUAUCCGUUGCUACGAAUCGAGUCAAGGGAUCUGCUCGGAUUGGCAAAACCAAAAAGCAUUCGGCCGCCAUAAAGGGCGAGGGAACGGAAAGCGCAUCUGUUUCAAGCAUUUGCUCCACUCGAGAAGGCAAAGAAGGCUCUGAAAUCUUAUUCCAAGUCGUCCAGACACUUCAGACAAAAGUCCGAUUGGAGAAGCUUAUAGAUGAGGCUAUCUGCUCAGAUGAUGCAUCUGAUUCUUCCUCAAUCUCAGAGGCAUCAGAUUUGGAGGUGGAUUCAGCAUAUGGCUCAUUUUCUGACAUUCCACUAUCGGACGUUUCGAGCUCUGUAUUUGAGGAACAGUAUGUUUACCUUGGAAGGCAGGCUACUGCACUAUCCAGUAUUCAAGAUUCAGAACUUCAUUCGGAUGAAGAAACACCUAGACCACUUCAGCCUUUGUCGCCUACUUAUUCAUGUACAUAUGGACCUGGAGACGAACGAUGUCCAUAUGCUACAGGCAGAAAGUCCGAUUGGAUUCGACACGAAGAAUCCGAGAAACAUUGGCCACAGAAGCGUUAUAUGUGUAUGCUCUGCGCCGAACUACAAUCAGACGACGAUUCAAAUCCUUGUUGCACUUACUGCUCUUUAGCAUUCUCAACAAUUGAGGCAGUGCGAAGUCAUAGCUUGAAUUGCAUCGAAGCAAGAAGAAAGGGAAAAACUUUCACAGGAGCAAAGACUGAUCACUUUCAAGCCCAUCUAGUCGACGUUCCUCAUCGUCCUGGACUUGAUACAACCUCUGCAGCCUGGACAUACAAUCACAAAACAAAAUGGCCAAGGUACUGUGGUUUCUGUACAUACCACUUCAAAGAUUGGGAAGAGAGAAAACAUCAUGUUGCCGAGCAUUUCAGAAGAGGUGCAGACAUCUCAAAUUGGGAUCCCUUAUUGCACAAUCCCCGACGAAAAACCGCGGACGAGCCAGGAUUACCACCAAUAAACGACGAAGACGACGAUGAUGAUGACGAUCAUUCGCACCAACAUGGCAGAGGAAAGUAUUCUACAUAUGAAGCUACGCAAACUACUUACUCCACGAGGAGCGGUGACAGCAGCGGCCAUUUCGACCUAUUAAAUAAUGGCUACUUGGACUGGGAUAAUAAUGAAGGGGGAUGGGGUCAGUAUAAUAUUGAAUAUGAAGAACGUUGCUCGAACUCACUUGAGAGCUGCCUCAACCGCCUUGGGAAAAAUCGACUGGGGAUGAAACAAUACAUUCCUGCCUAUGAUUCCUAUGACCCCUAUGUCAGCAAAUUCAUCAGCAACUCAUACUUCACUGGCAAUAAUGCUCUAAACUCCGAGCCAAUAAAUACGGUGUCGACAGCCUUCCACAACUUGGAGAUGUAUGAAACGAGUAAGUGGAUUAUUAUCAGCGCUCAUUAUUCUCAAUUAUCGCUUAACAAUGAUUCAGGUACCACCCAUAUAUUUGCACCCGUGGAUAGGUCAUAUUGCAAAAUAAGUCUGGCAAACAUGGGAAUCGAGAGGGAACCUUCGCAAGUCACACUUAACUCGCAGAGACGCCCUCGAGAGUAUUGUCAUUCUUCUACGGAUACAGGCUGUUCAAUAGACCGUGUGCCAUCUAAAUGGCUUCGACAAUGGCGAAACGUUCAUGGCAAAAGAGAUAAAAAGCUUUGCUUUGAAUCUCGCCGGAAAAAUUGUAUUGAAUGCGAAGAGUCUUGCAUCCGAGAAGAUAGUUUAAGAAACCAUUGGGUUCUCGAUCGAAUGCACCACUUUAGAGACAAUCUGAAAUCUCACCAUCGAAGAGUAGCUGACUCUGUAAACUGUCUGCUAUCUGGGGUAAUAUUUAAAAAUCAAUCCAAGCUUUGUACUCAUGCCCCGGCCGAGGGAUGUAAGAUUUGCAGAGUAUUCAAGACGUCCUACUCUGGUCCAUUGCAUCAACGACCCGAGGAGUAUGAAGAUGAAAGUCUUCUUACAUCUUCCGACACUAUCUCCUGGGGAGACAAGGGCAACUACAUUUUUGAUCCGUCGAAUUGUUCUUUGAACAACAAAAAGACUUGUGGACCAGGAAAAAGAUUGCAAGAGUAUUUCUCGGAAUAUAAGCGUGACCGGAUGUAUAGGGUAGUGGGGCAAUCUUGUAGAGGGAAGCCGGACUGGCCUCAAUACCAAGGAUUUAAGGAACAACUUUGGGAGUGUGCGAGGUCAUCUGGAAUCACGGAAGAACAACUGAUUUGGCUGAUAGUAUCAGAUUUUAUGCCUUUCGGAAUCACAUCAGAUCGACUAAGAUAUCAAAAGGCGAAACCGGGAUUUCUACAGUCGGUAGCGUUAGAAAGAUAUCUUUCUGAUUACAACUGUUGUGAACACCUGGCGUACCUGGCUUCCCGGCAUAUUGGUGGCGAUGAAAGAAGUCCUUCGAGUGCACUGAUGCAUUCUCCUUGUUUUACAUCUGAUGAUGCAACUCUCUCUCUGCAAUACCAGCAAGAAGUAUGGUUUUGUUUGUUCAGACUCCCUGAAGAAUUGUUCAUGGAACAUACAGUCGACGGUCGGCGAGCAAUAGUCGAUGGCCAAGAUGUGGAUACGCAUUUACUUUUAGGAGGUGUAAGAGCUUUUGAGCCGGGACGUACCACUUUUCUUCAUAGUAUUGAGAUGCUUGUACUGGAAGAGGGCGAUGGGGAUGGGGAGCAUCUGGAAUGA